GGAGGGGGUCCGGUUCUUGCUCAGCGUUCUUCCGGCUUACAUGUUGGAAAAAAGAAAAGACGAAUGGAAAAAUUGUAAUCCACAAAACGACCAUUGCCUUGUAACUCCGCGAUACGGUCAUAAAUAGUAAAAUGAGCUCCCAGCAAUUCCCCCGACACGGACUGCCUGUUUCCAGCGGGGGAGCACCUCAGAUCUCUGCUGCUGGAAGCCUGGUGUCUAUCAGUCAGCCGUCAAAUGCAUCAGGUGAUGCAGACAGCAGCCGAGAUGCUGACCACGGGCAGCAGGAUCAUACACCGGGCGGGGGCGGGGGAACCUUGGCAUUCAGAGAUGACAAGCAGGAGACCAUGGUGGUCAGACCUUACCCACAAGUACAGGCGCACGGCCAGCCCCAAGCUGCACCCCAAACCGUGCCCAUCCAGCCCGGCACGCCUGUGACUUUACCUGCCCCCUCUGUCCACCUCCCGCAGGGCCAGCCUGCCGUCCUCACUGAGGGACAGAUGAAGGCUGUCCUGAAGUCACCAAUGCCAAGUCGACUUAUUGCCCCUGCACCAGCUUCCAACCAGGGUCAUAUCCCCAUACCCCCCAAGGUGCCUGGUCACAUCACUGUCACCAUAGAGAACAGUACUACAACCCCAUCUAUUCCUGUGGCUACUAUCAGUGGUCAGCAGGGUCACUCCAGCAACUUACAUCACCUGAUGCCAGCUAACAUUCAGAUCAUUAGGGGCAGUGCCCCUGCACUGCAGAUUGGGACCCCUACAGUCCCUCCCCAGACCUUCACAUCCCACUUACCCCGAGGGGCUGCUGCUGCAGCAGUUAUGUCCAGCUCCAAGACUGUCCUGCGGCCAGCCACCGGAGCAGGCGCCGGCCCCGGCCAGCCCACAGUGCAGCACAUAAUCCAUCAAACUAUUCAGUCCCGUCCUGCUGUAACAACGUCUACAGCCGUGCUUCCAACUGUGGUGGCUCCCAUUUCAGCAACUAGAACUCAGUCCCCAGUCAUCAGCCCAACAGUCACACACUCUGCAGAGGUGGCACAUGGGCGUCCGGGGCUGACCAUUCACUCCCCUCAACCCGUCAGUAUUCAGAGGUCUCAAACAUCCCGUGACACUGCCACACGGAUCACUCUGCCAUCUCACCCUGCAAUUGGGGCUCAAAAGCCUCAGCCUCCACACACCAUGACACAGAAGCCCAUCUUUAGUCCUGUGACACCAGUAGCUGCAGCAACUGUGGCACCAAUUGUUGCCACUAACACUGUGCCAUCAACCACCACAAUAGGCACCGUGUCACACACCCAAAUGGCCAGUAACACUAUUGUAACCAUGACAAUGGCCUCACACUCCUCUCAUGCUACAGCAGUGACCACCUCUACCAUCCCUGUUGCUAAAGUGGUCCCUCAGCCCAUCGCCCACUCUUCACCCCGUGUGCAGCCCGAUUAUCCUGGAGAGAGAACCAACCUCAUCCCUAUGCCGGGCCAUCGGUCCUCUCCUAACCCUGUCACCAUGGAAGCAAGAAGUGACAACAGGCCUUCUGUACCUGUGCAGUUCCAGUAUUUCCUGCCAGCGUACUCCUCGUCGUACCCUCUGACACACACCUACACCCCUAUCAGCAGCUCUGUAUCUACCAUCCGUCAGUAUCCUGUUACUCCUCAAGCUCCGAGUUCAGCCCUCCCCACCCAGGCGGGAGUAGGCGUGGCAACCACUGUCCAUCUAAACCACAUGCAGCUGAUGGCAGUGGAUCGGAUCGGUCUCCCAUCGGCACAAAUCAGCACUCAAGGGAUCCAGCCGGCGCCAAUCACCGCGCAGGGCAUUCAGCCUGCACCAAUAGGGGUGCAGGGCCUGCACACGUCUGCACCAAUCACCACACAAGGAAUACAGCAGACACCCAUAGUCACUCAGCAGCAACAGCAACAAGCACAGUCUGAAGCCAAACCUGGGGUUGUUUUGGCUGAUGGCUUUGUAGCUAGCCCCAUCAGCAGCACAUUCAGCACCACCCAGCCAGUAGCCACCAUGGUGCAGGCACACACCCAGGGAGGAGUAGGAGGAGCUCCCACCCUGGUCUCCUCCCCUAGACCCAGCAUCCUCCGCAAGAAGCCCGCUACAGAAGGUUGUGUUCGUAAGAACCUGAUCCCUGCCCAGCCCAGUGAACCUGGUAGUGGUAGAAUUGAGAGUGGCGUGAGAGGAGCAGGAUCUCCCCGACCUGCAGGUGUGAAACCCAAAGCUGAGGUGCACAUGGCAGUGGCCCCUCCUGUCAUGGCCACAGUAGAAGCACUGCCCUCUCAGGGAGGAGAUCAGCAGGCUGUGUCCUCAAACGCUCAGCACCUUGCCCAAGCCAUCCCCACCAUGCUCGCCACACCGGGGCCCGUACCUCCUUCCCAGCCCUCCACUGUCCUGUCCGCCCUGCCAGCAGCCAUGGCUGUAACUCCCCCCGUUCCUGCUUCAAUGGCCAACACUGUGGCCUCCCCCACUCAGCCGGCAGCCAGCAGUACUGCCGCCUGUGCUGCCAGCUCCGCCUGCCCAGAUUUGAAAAUUAAGCAGGAGGUGGAGACCAUGGACACCUCUCAGCCAGACCCCAAUGCAAACUUGUCAUCAGCCCCCACCCUCACCACCCAGGCCUCCACCCUGAACACUCCUGCCACUGGGGAUCUGAUCCCAGGGGCUUCCCCGAGGAAGAAGCCCCGCAAACAGCAGCAUGUUAUUUCCACAGAGGAGAGUGAGAUGGUGGAAACCAACAGCACAGAUGAGGAGAAGGCCCCAGGCAGGCCCAUCACCGGCAGGGCUGAGAGGCGCGAAUCUCCACCAAGGGAAUAUGUUGAUGAGGAAGGAGUGCGUUAUGUACCGGUCAGGCCUCGACCCCCUGUCACUCUCCUGCGGCACUACCGAAACCCCUGGAAGGCUGCCUACCACCACUUCCAGAGGUACAGCGACAUCCGGGUCAAAGAAGAGAAGAAGGGCAGCUUACAGGAUAUGGCCAACCAGAGAGGAGUGGCAUGCAGAGCACAAGGAUGGAAAAUUCACCUGUGUGCUGCACAGCUCAGGCAGUUGUCAAGUUUGGAGCAUGAUGUGUACAGCCGCCUCUCCACCCUUCAAGAGGGCCUGAUUCCUAAGAAGAGAGCAGGAGCCGAUGAUGACCUUCACCGAAUCAACGAGCUUAUACAGGGUAACAUGCAACGCUGUAAGCUGGUGAUGGACCAGGUGACCGAGGCCAGAGACACCAUGAUGAAAGUGCUCGACCACAAGGAAAAAGUGCUGAAGCUGCUCAACAAGAACGGCGCCGUCAAGAAGUCCUCCAAACUGAAGCGCAAAGAGCGGGCAUAAGCGGGGGGUGCCUUCUCCUCUGUCGACAGUCACCCCUCUCCUCUCCGCAGGGGUGAAGGAGCUGCUCAGAAUUUGGUGCUAUGAUUUGCUGCAUACAAUCGCACGCACCCUCUCCCUUUCUGCCUGAGAGCGGACAGAGAGAAGUGACAGGACGGCUUCAAGAAGCAGAACAGCCUUUCAGGAAUAGGUUCUCAUUCAAGACCCAACGCACAUACUGAGCGUGGAGCAUUGUAGGUUGCAUUAGAGUGGCUAACUGGAUGGCCCUGUCACUGGCCCCUUCCUGCCCCCCCUUUUGUUUUUUUUUGUUCAUUUUUGAAGAGACCAUUUUUACUAACUUAACUUUUGCCUCUUCUUUUAAGACAGUGUUGGAAUUGGCACAUUGUGUAUCUUUGAUAUUUGGCACUAAAUGCAGGUGCAGUAAAUCCAUGUAAAGUGAUGAAAGUGAACCACCAGAGAGUUAUUGAAUUAAAUCAGAAUCAUAUAAAAGGAGUCCUUUAGUGAGCUGUGUGCAGACUAAUCUCAAUCGUGCUCUUCUCAUUAAUCUGUGCCUUUAUUUUGUCUGUACAUAAAUGGACAGGGACAUGUGAACGCUGUUUCACAUGCUGUCGAAAUAUUCUUAAAAUAUAAUUCAGAGUAAAGUGUCACUUUCACUGCUUUCCCCUUUUUCUCCAAACAUCCUGCACCUGUUUUUUUUAUAGUUCAGCUAGUAUGGGUACAGUUGCCUAUUAUCAGCCACAACUUCAGGUGUAAUCUAAAAGAUGAUGGAAUACUUAUGUGGUUUGAGAUUUAAAAACAAAAAACACUAGGAGAGAACCUAAAUGUGGUGAAUUGAUUUAAUGUACAAACAAUGCUCUUAAAGGAUAAAUACUGUCCUUAGAUGGUUAUCUGAAAGUGAGGACAUACUGCAUAUGCAUAAUGCCAAGUUAACUUUACAAUUUAAACUGCUAUGAAUCAUCUACUUAAUCCAAAGUAAGUGGGCGUCAUGGUGGUAAAAACGAUAUUUUCAUUUGGUUUCAGAAAGUAGAGUGCUUGAAAGACAGAGCGCGAGUAUCCUUGUGUGAUUAUACUGGUGGACUGAAUUCAUGUAAAUCACUGUAAAUGUGCUUUUGGUUUUCCAUUGACCUAUUUCUUUUCAAGUUUUGUACUCUAUGAAACAUUUUGUGCUGUGUGCCGCUUCAUUUUGCAGAGUGUAUCGAUAAUGACAUUAUGAGAUGAAGUGAGCCUGAAAAAUCCAGCUAUUGUACAUUGUUUUUGUCUGUGUAAUUAUAGUAAAGAUACUUAAACAAUA